AUGGAACACUACACUCUGGGAAUCGAUCGAUUGAGCUCCUACGGCUCGAUGGAGCUGACCGGACCGGCUGGAUAUUUGUCCCAUUAUCCAACUCCCGACAACUCCCUGUGCCGGGCAAGCAGUUACAGCGCGUCUUCGGCUACAACCAGCCCAUCGAUAUCAGGGAUAGACCUUGGUUCAACCGGCUACGGUCUAUCCUUCGCAGACGUGAUGUUCGACGGCGAAUCGUUCGUGCAGAUCGACUCCACUGACAUGCAGCUCUUUGGGACAAACGAACGAACCCACGUGGCUGGUGUCACGUGUCCGAGCGUCGUUUACCAACCAAAAGCUGCUCCCGGGAGUGUCACAGACUUGAAACCAUUUCCUGGCGACAUGUCACGGAGCUCUCCUGUCAUCCAGCGCCGAUCUUACAAAUCGCGGAAAUCGCACGUCCCGGCAAUGCUCGGCAAAGAUCACCGGAAGGACUGUACGCCACCGAGUCCAACGGUGGUGAAAAAGCGCCGUCUGGCGGCGAAUGCACGCGAACGUAAACGCAUGAACAGCCUAAACGUGGCGUUCGAUCGAUUGCGCGAAAUCGUACCCUCACUCGGGCCAGAUCACAAGCUAUCGAAGUUCGAAACACUGCAGAUGGCACAGACGUAUAUCAACGCACUGAGCGAUCUGCUGGAGCGAGGCGCCGAUGCCACGACGUACAGCUUGUUCGAUAGCCUCGCUACAGGAGCGAACGAUACUAAUAACAACAGCAGUAGUAGUAAUGCCAGCGGUAACGAACACCUCACCGACAACUCCUGCAGCCAAUUGAUGCUGGCGGAUGACGAAUCGCUAGAUGAGCGAUUUCUUGACAUUGGAUACACGUGA